GUCCUUCGCCGGCUGGUCAGAUCUGGCUUUUGAUCCUGCGACUGCUUGGUUAUACCGCCCACGCACGCCCAGCUCGUCCUCCAGAAGCAGCCAUCGACACUCCCCCCCCUGCUUUAUUCUACCCCCAUAUCACAUCCCAUCAUGUCUGGCUGGGACAAGCAAGAGUCAUUCACCAUCAGCGGCGUCGGCGUCAACAACCAGGAGGCGAGCCUUACCGAGAUCAACUUCCCCCAGGUUGAAAAGAAGUUUGGCGAGUUCUUGCGAAACUUCCGCGUCGACAACAACUACAUAUAUAGAGACCAGCUGCGUCAAAAUGUCCUGACCAAGCUCUUUUUCAUCGAAGUCGACAUUGCGCAUCUGAUCAGCUUUGAUGAAGAUCUGGCCACCCAGAUCAAGGAGAAGCCCGCCGAUAUCCUGCCCUUGUUCGAGCUGGCCGUCAAGAACAUGGCCACCUCGUUCCAGAUCGUAUCGGAAGUCCCUGAUUGCCAAGUCAUGCUGAUAUCGAAUGCCAAUACUGUCAAUAUUCGUCAGCUUGAUUCGACCUACGUGUCAAAGCUUGUCCGUAUUCCGGGCAUCACCAUCUCGGCUUCGGUGCUCUCUGCCAAGGCAACACAUGUCCAUAUUAUGUGCAAGGACUGCCGCGACUUUAAGCAGCUGACCGUUGGCGGCGGCAUCACGGGCAUCAAUCUUCCCCGAAUCUGUCUGGCGACAAGCAAUACUCUUGGCGAGACCAAAAAGUGCUCCAUGGAUCCAUACGUCAUUAUCCACGACAAGAGCAAGUUUGUCGACCAACAGACCCUCAAGCUUCAAGAGACACCAGACAAGGUCCCCGUUGGCGAACUUCCGCGACACAUUCUCCUGAGCGCCGACAGAUACCUUACCGACAAGGUUACCCCCGGCACCCGAGUCACCAUCACCGGCAUAUUCGACAUCUUCCAGCAAGCUGGGAAAAACGCCAUGGGUGCAUCGGCCAUCCGAUCGCCAUACAUCCGCGUCGUGGGCAUGCAAGUCGACGUUGAGGGAAACCGCCGGACAGGAGGCCGCGUCUUCACCGAGGAGGAGGAGUCUGAGUUCAUUGCCAUGGCUCGCCGCCCGAACUUUUAUGAAGAGUUUGCCAACAGCAUCGCCCCCUCGAUCUAUGGAAACUCGGAUAUCAAGAAGGCGAUCAUGUGCCUGCUGUUUGGCGGCUCCAAAAAGGUCCUGCCGGACGGACUUCGCCUGCGUGGCGACAUCAACGUGCUGCUUCUUGGUGACCCAGGCACAGCCAAGAGUCAGCUGCUCAAGUUUGUCGAAAAGGUGGCCCCGAUCGGCGUGUACACCUCAGGCAAAGGCAGCAGUGCAGCCGGUCUGACUGCUUCUGUGAUCCGAGAUCCCAGCACGCGAGAGUUCCUCUUGGAAGGCGGCGCCAUGGUUCUGGCCGAUGGUGGCGUCGUGUGUAUCGAUGAGUUCGAUAAGAUGCGGGACGAGGACCGAGUCGCCAUCCACGAAGCUAUGGAACAGCAGACCAUCUCCAUUGCCAAAGCCGGCAUCACCACCAUCCUGAACUCGAGAACGUCGGUUCUUGCUGCGGCCAACCCCAUCUUUGGUCGAUACGAUGAUAUGAAGACUCCGGGCGAGAACAUCGACUUCCAAUCGACGAUUCUGUCUCGUUUCGACUUGAUUUUCAUCGUCCGCGAUGAGCACAACGAGCAGCUCGAUAUGACUAUCGCCAAGCACGUCCUCGGCAUCCACAUGAACCGCAGCGCCCACUCAAAUGCAAACUCUGAUAUCGACAUGCAAAAGAUGCGCAGCUAUAUCAGCUACUGCAAAGCCAAAUGCGCACCGCGACUCACGCCCGAAGCCGCCGAAAAGUUGAGCAGCCACUUUGCGGAGGUGCGCGGCAAGGUGCGCCAGAUGGAGAAGGAGACGGGUGGCAAAUCCUCCAUUCCGAUCACCGUCCGUCAAUUGGAGGCCAUCAUCCGUGUCUCCGAGUCUCUGGCCAAGAUGACGCUGUCGCCUCUGGCGACGGAGCGCCAUGUUGCCGAGGCGAUCCGGCUCUUCAACGACUCGACAAUGAACGCAGUCAACUCGGGCCAAGGUCUCGAGGGCAUGGUUGGAAACGGCAACAAAGACGAGGUCAACCGCAUUCAAACACAGAUCCGUCGCCGCUUGCCCAUUGGCUCCCGUAUCACCGAACGGAAUCUGAGGAACGAUCUCGAGAACCAGCAAUUCGAUCCCUCGUCGAUCAACCGUGCCAUCAGCAUCCUGAUUCAGAAGGAAACGCUGCAGUACCGAGACCGCCGAAUGAUCCUGGUCCGGAUCGGCGCCUAAGCGCACCAGGCCGUGUUGGCCAAGCCACAGAAACCACCGCACUCUGUUCCGGUUGGAGAUUGCCUGCAAUAUACACCAUGUUCCGGA